AUGGGGCUCAUCUUGGGGUAUGUCGGAGGGAGCCACAUUCCCGCCGAUAAGAAGGCCUCCCACGCGGAGAUGCUCAUGUCGGGAGGCAAGAGCGAGGACGGUCGAGGUGCGUUGCUUGUGGUGGAGGAAUUCCGCAACCUCGCCUCUUUGAUCCGAGUAUACAAGCAGGAUCAGGAGACAGAAAAUGGGGGAAAGGGAAAAGCUGGGUCGUACAGCUUCUCGGACGAUGUGAUCCAAAAGUUGCAAGGGCGGGUUUGGCUGCCGGGUGGAAAGGUGGUGGUCAAGAAUUAG